AUGUCGGGAACAUUGUCAGAAAGACAACUCGAGAUAACUGAAAAUUAUGAUGCAACUGCUCUUCUAGGCAAGAUUCAUCACCAAGAGCUGUCUGCCUAUGAGGUCACCGAAGCAUUAUGCAUUCGCGCUGCGAUUGCCCAGCAGGUGACUCGAUGCCUCACUGAGACUUUCUUUGAGCGUGCCCUUCAGCGUGCAAAGGAUUUGGAUGAAAUAUUAUUGAAAACGGGGAAACUUGUCGACCCUUUGCAUGGGUUGCCCAUUAGUUUCAAGGAUUGCUUCAACAUCGUUGGGAUUCCGUCCACGAUUGGAUUUACCUCGUUUAUUAAAAAUGGCCCCCUCAGUUCAACUUCCCCGGCAGUUCAGAUUUUGCUUAACUUGGGAGCCAUCCCGUAUGUGAAGACAAACGUUCCCCAGACAAUGAUGGCUGCGGACUCACACAACUACGUAUUUGGCCGUACACUCAACCCCCACCGAUCGAAUCUUACCGCUGGCGGGUCAACUGGGGGAGAAGGGGCAUUGAUUGCUAUGAGAGGAUCGGUGCUGGGCGUUGGUACAGACAUUGCUGGCUCCAUCAGAAUCCCGGCUAUCUGCAACGGGAUUUACUCAUUGCGACCUUCUGUGGACCGCAUUCCAUACGGGGGACAGACUAGUUCUGCUCGCGGGGGUCUGGCGGGGAUCAAGGCCUGCGCAGGACCCAUGGCAACAUCAGUCAGAGAUCUGGAGCUGUUUAUGAGACUCGUGACUAAUGCAGACCCAUGGCAAUUCGAUUCUUCCGCUUUGUUUUCUCCUUGGCGCACCGUUCCCCGUAAGUCCACCUUGCGACUUGGACUCAUCCAGGAAGAUUCCCAUUUCCCUCUGCAUCCACCAGUUUUACGAACUCUCACAAGAGCCACCGAAAAGCUUCAAGCAGCAGGGAAUGAGGUUAUUCCUCUCAACACCCUGCUUAUUCGAGAUGCCUGCACGUUGGAAUUUCGUAUGUUCUCGAUGGAUCCAACCCUCACUCCAUUCAAGCACAUUGCUGCUAGUGGGGAACCGACUAUCCCUGCUUUGGAAUCGACAUCUCUGGACCAUGGUUACAUGCCACAUGGGUAUGCUCCGUUGACACUUGAAGCCCUGUAUGACCUCAAUGAGGAGCGGAAUUAUUUUAAGGAAGAGUUCCGAAAUCUUAUUAUGCAGGCAAAGGUGGAUGCCAUUAUCAUGCCCGGCUAUCAAGGUACCGCUCAACCUCAUGACCGGUUUGGCUUUGUGCCUUACACUGUCCUUUGGAAUGUGAUGGAUUAUCCGAGCUGUAUCAUUUCACAUAGCAAGGCAAACAAGAGCGCCGACAAGGCGUUUAUUCGGGAUGUGAACUACAAACCUCCCUUGCUAAUUGUGGAUUUCCAGAUGUUGCCGAUGACAUCGAGGGAGCUCCGUGCUGUGUGCAAGCUCGUUGGCAGAAAAAACAUGCAUGACGAGGAACUGGUGAAAGCGGCGGAACUUGUGUCUGAGAUACUCAAGCUCUGA